AUACACUAUGGGAGAGAUGUUGAGGAAAGAAGGCUUUGACUCUGUCUAUGCUGGAGUCCGUAAAGCAGAUGGAAAAGAGGUCACCAUUAAACAUGCAGAGAAAAAACACUUUGAUGAAUUUCUCACCAUCCCAGGAGAGACGCAGCGCCUGCCUCUGGAGGUGGCGCUAAUGAAGAUGGUGUCCAGGCCUCCUCGUUGUGAGAAUGUGGUGGAGCUGCUGGAAUGGUUCGAGACAUCCAGGUUCUUCAUCUUGGUGCUUGAGCGGCCCAACCAAUGCAUGGAUCUUCAUCUGUUCUGUAAACGUAAUAACUUAAAGCGACUGUCUGAAUCAGUAGCUCAGAAGGUCAUAUGGCAGGUGGUUCUGGCUGCUCACCACUGCCAUGUUCGUGGAGUCUUUCACCGUGACAUAAAGCCUGAGAAUAUUUUGAUUAAUCCUGACACGCUAGAGGUGAAACUGAUGAACUUUGGCUGUGGUGCACUGCUAAUGAAUGAGCCCUACACUUCCUAUGCAGGAAUUCCCGCUUACUCUCCUCCGGAGUAUGUUCUCCAGAGGGAAUAUUUUGGCGUUCCUGCUGCAGUCUGGAGCCUGGGUAUUCUCAUGUUUGAACUGGUCUGUGGCAUGUGGCCUUUCACCAGCAAGGAGGACAUAACUGAUGGUCAUUUGUGGUUUAUUUCUCAUCUGUCUUGUGCGUGCUGUGAGCUAAUAACGUGGUGCCUGGACAAAGACAGUAAACGUCGACCAACCUUUGAACAAAUCUUGAGCCACAGGUGGUUUAAAGAGAAUGUUCAGGAGACAGUCAAGCUGCUUCCAUUGACAAAAGAAGGAGAUGCUGAGUGGCUAAGAAAACUUGAGAGCCUGUGCCGUGAAAUACGAUUAGCUUCUUCCAGAUGUUCUAAUGACUCAGGUUUCAGUGAUGUCUACCAUUCACAAGGGGAGUCCAGUGUUCCACAUUGUGAUAACAACUACAAAUCAGAAGUUUUAUCAUUUCCUGGUCCUCUAAUGAGUGCUAAUAUGCAGAUGGACAAGCUGAUGAGAUUUAUCCAGGAGAAAUGUCAGGAGUGCCUGUGCCACCUGGAUAAUCCUGAGCAACAGUUUUGCUAUUUCUUCUGGUCAAUUAUGAAACACACCUGUAAUCAAUAUGGACUUGGAUGUGUGGAAGACCAGGAAGAAUGGUGUAUUUAUCUGGUCAAUCUUUUACGCUCCAAGUCUCCAGCAGAUGAACUUAGAGAAGAGAUUAUUAAAACGGGAGAUAGUUUUGCCUCCAGAGGAUGGAUGUAUGCAGCACAUAUUUGCUAUGUGGAGGCACAAAUAGAGCUUGGAUCACGACAACACUUUGAACUGAUUGGAUAUAAAAGUGAGUCAGACACGAAACCAGCCCUGAGAGAGGCGAUUGAAAGAACUGAGGUCUAUGAGUAUCUGCUUUAUCUGACCUCAGGGUUUAGCCAGCCACAUUUCCAGAUGUUUAAGGUAUUUUAUGCCUUUGAGCUAGUCGACAGGGGACUUCAUAACCAGGCCCUUAAUUACUGUGAGAGCAUUGCUGGAACGCUCCUUAAAUUUCCUCACCUCAUCGAUGGUCAUGUGAUACGAGCAGUUCAAAUGGUAAAUAAGAAAAUCUCUUUGUAA